GCUGCUUUUAUCGGCACGCACGUAUGCCUCACGUGUCGCAAUGUCUCGUUAUCAGUGUAAAUACAAUUAUUAAAUGAUUUUUUUGUGAUAAACAAUGAUAACCAUUUUUAUUGUUUCAAUCAUAUCAUAUUUUUCAACCGAUAAAUAGUCUAGGAGGCUAACAAUCUUCGCAGUUCUCAGUGUUUGAGAGUUUUCGGCGUUUUGACUACUGUUUGACAACAAUUCGUUACGCGCAGGAACAUGCUCCGAUAUUUGACACGCAACAGAAAGCACGUUGAUUUUUUUAAACAAUGCACGACGAUUCAAUUUUUUAAUUCCACUAGGAAACAGAGCUCAAAGGCGGAAGACAACGAUAAAAAUGUGUCGAAAUAUAAAGAAUUUGUGGAUACCACCUCUCCUGGAAAAAAAAUGAUGAAAAGUAUCAAGAAGGAGUGGGCGAACUUAAAAAACCUGAUGUCAUCCAACAAAGAGAUUUCAGAUUUUACAAAAUUCUUCAACGAAUCUGAAAUAAUUCCCGCCCAAUGUGAUGUACUUAUUAUUGGCGGUGGUGCGAUAGGCAGUUCGGUAGCGUACUGGUUAAAGGAGAAGUUUCACAAAGAGGAAUUCAGAAUUGUUGUAGUCGAGAGAGAUCCCACGUACGCCAAAGCUUCCACAACUCUUUCAGUGGGCGGCUUGCGCCAACAGUUCACUCUCGAAGAGAAUAUUGAAAUGUCACUGUACGGCGCGGAGUUCAUGAGAAAUGUCAACGAACAUUUGGGUAUUCCGGGACAACCACCCAUAGAUUUGUGUUUCCACCCGUAUGGUUAUUUAAUUCUGGCGAGUGAGGCAGGAGCAGAAUCUUUAGUUAAAAGUUCGAAACUGCAAAAUUCUCUGGGAGCCAAAAACAUAGUUCUUACCGCGGAGAAGUUGAAGAAACGAUUUCCCUGGUUAAAUACUGACGGCAUUGCAGCGGGAUGUCUUGGUUUGGAAAAAGAAGGAUGGUUUGAUCCGUGGUCUCUUUUGUGUGCCUUCAAAAAUAAGGCUAGCUAUUUAGGAACCCAAUAUAUCAAUGGCGAAGUUGUGGCGUUUCAAUACAAGGAGUUACCUGGGGCCUUCGAUAAGAAUAUGAAUCCAUUAACAAAAUUAAACAGGGCAGUUAUUCAAAUGAACGACGGCGAGAUUAGGUCAAUAGAAUUUGCUAUAGUUGUUAUAGCCGCGGGCGCAUUUAGUGGUCAAGUGGCCGAAAUGGCUAAUAUUGGAACGGGUGAAGAAAUAUUGUCUGUACCUUUACCAGUGGAGCCCAGAAAAAGAUUUGUAUAUUGCUUCAAUAGUCCUGACGGACCUGGUUUAAACACACCUAUGACGAUCGAACCCAGUGGAUUGUAUUUCAGGCGAGACGGUCUGGCAAACAAUUACAUUGCGGGAAAAUCCCCAGAACAUCACGAAGAACCGUCAAUAGAAAAUUUAGAUGUCGAUUACGAAUACUUCGACAACACGGUGUGGCCUUUGCUAGCUCGUAGAGUAUCAGCGUUUGAGGCUCUAAAGAUAAAAUCCUCAUGGGCUGGAUAUUACGAAUACAACACUUUUGAUGAAAACGGUAUUAUCGGUUUUCAUCCUUACCAUAAGCACUUGCUGUUCGCAACUGGUUUCAGCGGACACGGUAUCCAGCAAGCACCCGCGGUUGGACGUGCGAUAGCUGAAUUGAUUCUGCUCUCACGUUUCGCAACUAUAGACUUAUCUAGGUUAGGCUUCGAAAGAUUUUUGAAGUCCGAGCCCAUGAGAGAAAUUAACAUAUAUUAGAUUUUGGAAUAAUUAGGAACAAUAGAGAAAAUAAACCUUUUGUGAUUUUUUUGUAUGUAUUUACUGUAUGUCAACAUGAUACAGAGGCACGUAAUGUCUGUCAAGUACGUGUAUUUAUGUAUUUUGUAAAUAUAUGUAUAUGUAUAUAUGUAU